ACUAAAUACAUGAACACUGUCUGGUAUGAUAACUCCGCCUACUUCACGACGUAAUAUAUUCAAUUACGAUCACAUUUUCUUUAUCAGUGUAUGUUCAUGUUUCACAAAAUUGAGAGGAUAUAAAUAUUGCUACAAUUUUAAUCACUAUAAAUUAAAGAUACAUGUUAAGUAUUAUUGUGAACUGAAACUAUUUUGAUAUCUAACUUAAUAACAUUAUUUUUAAGGAAACCUUUUAAUGAGUGAAAUAGAAAUUAUAUUGAUGUUGUAUAUUGGAUGGUACAUGUGCAUGUGCAGUUUUUACUAUGAAAAGCAUGCCAGCUCGAUCAGUUUGCGAGAUGGAGACAAUGAUCCCAGAUGAGUUAAUAGCAGCAUUAAAUAAAAGUGUUGGUCGAGACAAUGGACAUAAACACAAUCUGAAGAAUCGUUUUGAGCUGAAAAAGACACUUGGAGAAGGUACAUAUGGCAAAGUGAAACUUGCCAUUGAAAGGACUACAGGAGAGCAGGUUGCUAUAAAGUAUAUACGUAAAUCCAAGAUAAACGAUGAGCAUGAUCUUAACAGAAUCAGACGAGAGAUCAAGAUUAUGUCCACCGUCAAACAUCCUCACAUCAUCAAUGUUCGGGAAGUGUUUGAGAACAAGGAUAAGAUAAUAUUGGUGAUGGAAUGUGCAGACGGAGGUGAACUGUAUGACUACAUUAACAACAAUCAGCUGACAGAGAAAGACGCACGUAGAGUGUUCCGUCAGAUAGUCUCUGCUAUAAAACAUUGUCAUCAGAAUGGUAUUGUACACAGAGAUUUGAAGCUAGAAAAUAUACUGUUAGAUAGAGAUAAUAAUGCCAAGAUUGCUGAUUUUGGACUUUCCAACUAUUACAAUCAGACUGAUAUGUUAAAGACAUACUGCGGAAGCCCACUUUAUGCUUCACCAGAAAUCGUGAACGGUCUACCAUACUACGGGCCUGAGGUUGACUGUUGGAGUCUAGGUGUUGUUUUGUACACUCUUGUCUAUGGUACGAUGCCGUUUGACGGCACUAAUUUUAAGAAACUACGAACACAGAUUACAACAGGCGACUAUUACGAACCAGAUAAACCAUCAGAAUCGGCUGGGUUGAUUCGACAUCUUCUCACAGUGAAUCCUGCUAAAAGAGCAACAAUAACGGACAUCUUAUCUCACUGGUGGGUGAAUCUAGGUCACAGCAUGAUGCCAGACAACGAGCCAUACAUUCCUCCGAUGGUGUUACAGCCGGUACCUAGCUACCACAACCAAUCUUUAUCCUCUUCAUCAGAGAGUGAUGACGGGGAACCAGAAUGUAACGGAAAAGUAAAAACUGUGAAGCCUCUGAAGAGUAUUCUCAAAAAACCAAAAAUGACAGAAAAUUUUGUUGAUAAAAGGUGCAAUGAAUCUCUGAUGCCAAAGAAUGAUGCUACAGAAAAUGCUGGUGAUAGUCAACCUUCAGAUGAUGCUGUGUUCAAUGAGUCAUCAGACAAUCAGACUGAUUCUCAAAUAAGUAAUCUCAGUGAAACUGAAUCACAGUCUAACCAAAUAUUAAAUGACGCAAAUGAUGCUUCUGUUGUUGCUGAUGAAACAAGUGGUAAAAAGGUGUUUGAUUCUAGCAUGAUGCCAAAAAGAGGAAUUUUGAAGCGCAAGGGUAAAUUCAGUGCAGGUGAUAGUGGAUGUGAACUGAAUGAUUUAAACAGAAAAGACAGUGUUGGCCUGUCGGUUCGCCCAAUGGAUCUCAGCGAGGCUGAUUCAGCACUUGAUUCUCCAGAUAAUAUUUUACCUGGUGAUAAUAACUCAACAGACAAAACCAGAAGAUCUUGUGAUAAUUUACAGCUUGGUGCUUUCAGUUUUGGACCAUCUGAAACAAAGAAAGAUGGUUUAAACCUUACCUCCGCAGACUAUCUUCCUACUGCAGUCAUUCCACGCAGACGAGGAAUUCUGAAAAAUACAAAUCGUGAUUCUGACAAACGUUUAAGUGCCUGCAGUACGGGAUCCAAUUCCUCUGCUGAUAUUUUAGACUUUUCUUACGACAGUUUUGAUGAAAUUUUGAAAUCUCGUUUCUGCAGUGACACAUCGCCAAAGUCUUCCACAGAUUAUGGUUCCGAUGUUCGUGACUUGCGUCUGCAAGGUCAAGCUGCGUUACAUGAAGAUUUAUUUAACUAUAACGAAGCGAAAGAAGUUUAUCAAAAAGCGCUUGAUAUUUGUAAAGAAACAUAACAAGAGAUGAAUGAACCUCUAGUCAUACCCUGGUCACCAUGUACAAUUCCAUUAAUACACAUCAAAUGUGCCUGCUGUUUAAAACAGUGCCUGUUUAAAACACUGACUUCUUGAUUAUCAUUUUCUUAAAAAAUACAUGCUUAUUUAAUAGAUGCUUGCAUAAUAGAAUUAUAUUGAACAUAAUGUUUAUGAAGGGUAACAUGAAUGCAUUUAGCUAUUGUUUUCCAUUGAAAAAAAAAGAACGGACCUAAAUUUGUCUGUAAAUAUGAUAAGUUUGACUGAUUACCAAAACAAAUUCUUGUAUGUUUAGUCAGAGUUUAUCUUUUUUCUUAUUUUUAGAACACAUUCUUCAGUAUAAUUCCUGAAAGAAAUUAAAUAUAAAGAAAAUACUGUAAAUGUUUAUAACAAACAAUUAAAACAAUAGGUUUUUAAAAUGUACUGAUUAUUGGAUAUUCUAUUUCACUUCCAUUAAAUGUUGUAGAAAUACACGGAGACAUUUUUGUAAUUGUUUGUAUUAUGUUAUUGAAUACUGAUUACAUACUCUUUGUCUAUAAAACUUAAAAUAUUUGGUAAUUUAAUAUGUGAGCUAAUGAAUCACAAUUGGACACAUACCCUGGUUAGUUUCUGUUUAAUACUGCAUUAGUUUGAAACACGUCGUCAAAAAGACUCGAUUAAAUCUUGCAAUAUAGGUAAAGCGUAUGAUUCAGUGUGGUUAUAUGUUUUUAAUUCAGUUAGUAUUGGUAAUCAUACACCGUAUCACUGUAAAUGUGAUUAAUACAUGUCUUUUAUUCGCAAUAAAGAGCGUUCACGUGUUAAAUAGAUUGUAAAUCUAUGAAAAAUUAGCCACAUAAUUUAUAAAUGUGUCUGGAAAGAUGAAUCAUGCAUGCCUGUUGUUGUUUUUUUUUUUAAGUAUACUUUGAGAACAAUUUUUUUUUUAAGACUAGCAAAAUCUAAGUGGUAUUUUUUGGCAGUUUCACUAUUAAACUUAAAUCACAUGUAAAAAUCACAUGUAACAUUAACAUAAAACUGUUUUAUUCACUGAACGUUUAUUGCUAUCUUGUCAUAGGGAGUAGAUCAGCACCAGUACAUAUUGAGAUAAACAUAAAAUCAUGGAUAGCAAAAUUGAUUUUUUUUGCAUUUUUAAUUUUUUGGAUGUUUAUAUUUUCACAUGAAUCAUUCUCCAAAAAAGUUAUAUUUCCAUAGGGUUUCAAUAUAUACAAGUUAAGUUUGGAAGUAAAGAAGUAUUUUCAUGUUUUUUCCAAGAACAUUUUAUGUGUGACUUUUGAGUUCUUGAUUUUGUAAUUCAGCAAUUACAAUCAAAGCUGUAAAAUAUUUAACAAGAGGACCUAUACUUUCAUUAAUGCUAAAAAAUAAGAACACCAAGGCUUCAUUUGCCUAGAAACAAACUGCAAAUGGGCACAAAGUGUUCCUAACAGUAAACAAAAUACAUAUCAGUGCAAAAAAAUGUAACACAAAUGAUAUUGUUGCCAAAACGUGCCUUCAUUUUGAGAAACAAUUAAUGAUUUUGCCAUGGUUUUGUAACAAUUUUCGCCUUAAACUAGAGACCUCGUUAAUGACUAUAUGGCCUUGUUUUUUCUUUUUGUUUACUUGUGUUAAAAUGAUUUCACUAAAUGUGUUAUGUCAUAUCCUUGAUACGCAGCCAAAAUUUGUCAUGUGCCAUUUUAAUUCUCUUGACUUGUACAAUUUUCUGUUAAAAGUUUGUUAUAUAAAUCUUAAAGUAAGACAUAUUUUUGCCAAGAUUACACAAAUAAUCAUCUGUUAGUUUUAUCAACAACAAUUGAUGACAAUAUAUAUUUUAUAGGUAAUAUUUUUGUGCGAUAAAAAGAGAGACUACAGUGAGCUCUUCUGUUUCAAAGAAAGAACUUCAGCGGUAAUGAUCGCUGAGGCAUCGUUGUUGUGCAAAUACUUUAAUGUAGCCCAUUUUUUAAACAUUUCAAAAAUUAUAAACAUGAAACUUGGAAUACUUACUCAUCAUGACAUUGUUCAAUUGUUACACAGGACACAUAAUUCUUUCUUUUAAUUCUGAAAGAAAUAUUUUUUGAGUUAUGCCCUUAUUAACUUGAGAAUUUUUAACAGAUGAGUUGUAACACCAGAUGCGGUGCUCUUGUUUUGUUCUGAUUCUUCCUAAUUUGAAUACUUCCUUCUUAUAAAUAAAUGUAAAAUGAGUAAUAACCGUGGUAAAAUGUUGGAGUUUAUAAGUUAUUUUCAAGGUAUGCAAUAACCUAAAUUGCUUAUCAAAUAUAUUACAAGAGCCUUAAGAUUUUCGCUGUGAAUUAAUUUAUCUUGCUUACAUAAUGAUAUAUCUGUAUAAUAGCAUGUGUAGAGGGCAACAUUUAAUGUGGCCAGCAUGUUAGUUUAGAUUUGCUUGAUUGUAUGUUAUGUCAUUUAUUUAUUGUGUGCUAGUUUAUUAUGUACAAAAAAUAAAACAAUACAAAUUACUA